GUGGAUUCUUGUUGGCUUGACACCACUCUGACCUCUAUAACUCUAUAACCCCUGUUUUGGCAAAACCACUGUCUGAAACUAAGUGAAACUGAAACCACUACCCAUUGUCACUAUAUAUGGAACCUUGCUUAUCAUGAAACAAACCAGAAAGAGAAAUGGAGUUCACGAAUUCCAGAUCUCAAUCAGCUUUCGCAGAAAGAGAAAAGGAGAAUGUUGAUAGCUUAGGAGAAAAGGAGUGGGUAACAGAGGGUGCGAGUGCGAUAUCCAGACAGCUCCGGUUGAAGUCUUCAAAAGCCGGUUUCCAGAGUCUGGACAAACAAGCUGUCCUUGGACGCUUACGGCAACACAGGUCUUACAACAGAGCCAAAAGCGCUUUGGAGGCUCUGAUGGGGACCUCUGAUGCCAACUCCGCCACUGUGCAUGAACAAAAGUGGUUUCAUCUGGCUGACUCUUUCUCUUCUCCAUAACUGGAAACACCUUAACUACUACUAUUAUAUUUGUCACCUUCUGAAUACCACCUUCUAUUAUUAUCUUGUAUGCAACUUCUCAUAACCUCUCUUAAAAGAGUAGAAGCACCAAUCUUCACUAAAAAUGAGUCUCUCUUAUACAAAUUCCUCCUAAUGAUAAGAACUCUUCAAGCUCCAUUUAAUGGUUUAUCUUUGUCUACAGAUAUUUUCUUUAAGAAAA